AUGGUCUUGAAUGCUUUGGGCAUACCACAUCACUCAACUGCAGCACUCGUGGCUCGGCCACGGUCCGCCAUCUUUCCAGGCAGCGUGGUGGGUGUCAACACAGCCAUCCUCUCCACCAGUGGUACCUUUUCUGGUGUUGGCUUUGCCCUGCCCAUCGACACCGUGGCCAAGAAUGUGGGUGCCAUGAUCGAAGAAGGCUAUGUGUCGCGUCCCUCCAUUGGGGUGGAGCUGGCGCCCGACUCCGUGUCCGGCGCCUUGGGCGUCCCGGGAGCCAUGGUGAUGAAGGCGCCCGCCGGCGCCGGGGGCCGAUGGAAGGAAGGAAGGAAGGAAGGAAGGAGGCCGAUGUCGAGGUGUUCUGGGAUGUUCUGGGGAUCUUGA